UUGCCAAGCAACAAACCAGUGAAGCGGAAAGUUGGAAGUUUGGCAAAAAAAUUAUUUAAAAGUUUUUUUUACGAUUAGUUUGUAAAGUUUUAAGAUGGCUCCACCAGAAACUAUGUACUGCGCGCAACAAAUUAAUAUUCCACCGGAGUUACCAGAUAUAUUAAAACAAUUUACUAAAGCUGCGAUUCGAACUCAACCACAAGACGUUCUUGCUUGGUCCGCAGCAUAUUUCACGGCCCUUGCAACUGGAGAAGCACUUCCUGUCAAGCGAAGACUUGAACCCGGAGCCACUGGGCUUACAGCUGGCCUGCUAGAAAUUAUUUAUCAGCAACUAAAAGAUAAAAACGUUGUCACGCUUGGAUUGUUAGGGAAAAAGUGGGCGGAGCUUGGGUUGCCGAAGCAACAACUGUCGGAAAUCGUCCAAUCAGGAGGCUUCGCUGAGGAAGUUGAAUUUAUCAAAUUCUUUGCUGUAACGUGCAGUCACCUUGGUGGUGGGAAUAUCACGGAAGGAAUGAGAUUAAUUUGUCAGAUUUUGACGACGGAUCCCGACGGUGGCGCGUGUCGGAUCCAGUUCACAUUGUUUAAGGAGUUGUAUCAAUAUCUGGCAAGUUUGGGUGGCGAGAUAUCUCAAUCACAGAUCGAGGGGGUUAUUUCGCAUUUACAAGAAGAUGUUGACAAGCAAGGAGGGUUGGUGAUGCCGAGAAACUUCCUGAGCCCAGAAUGCCCAAAACUUUCAUAAAUGUUUUGCUUUAUGUUUUGUAAAUAUAUGUUUGUUUAAUGUUUUUAAGGCGUUCAUGAAAUUUGAAAAUAAAUUUCAAACAAAAUCGACAAAAA